AUGACCAUGGAGCGGAUAAGGGCGUUGAGCGAAAGAGGCAAGUUUAUGGUCGGAGACAAAGGAAGUGAGGAGGAGGGGAGCGAAGAAGGGCCCCACUCUCAACAGUUCGAGUUUGCUGAUGGUGUUGGAGUUAGUGAAUUUGGGCCGUGCGGGGCCGCCGCCGCCGUGGGUGGAUGCGCGCCGUGCAUUGACAAUCGGUGUAUUGUGUGCACGAUGCAGUAUAUAUCUGACGAUGCAGCGGUUUCGAAAAAGUUUAUGUUGGGGCGGGUUUGGCGAGGCGUGUGGAGAGGGAUGGAGAACGGCUUGUGGUCAUGGAUCAAGGGUUUUGGGAGAUGGUUUCAGAGUGGGUCGAUAACCGUGUCGGAGACGACCGACAACCACCCACCACCAUCUCGAUUUGAAGAUGUUGCUGAGAUGUUCGGCGCAUGUUGGGACUUUUGUGUGGCUAUAGCCGCCAGCCUUGCCUCUAAGGAUUGA